GCGGUCGUCUAUAUUGCAUUUGCAAAAGAGUUGAGUUGGAGAGAAUCCGACAAUUUUAUGUAUUGAGGAUUUGACUCUGAGUGUUUGACAUGAAAUGAGAGACGGAUAAUGCCUUUGUUUGACGUUAUUGGACUUGGAGCAGAAAAGCACGCGGUUGUUAUUGACAUCGGGGCCGCCUAUACGAAGUAAGAAAGGUUCAUGUAUUGCAAACAUUGUGAAAAGUUGGGUGUUAAUGUCGUCAACCUUGCUAGCGCUAGCCAAUUUUGGUAGAAAUCAGCUGUUGAAAUUUAUCGCAAUAGACAUAUUUUAAUCUUUUUUUACUUGUUUGUUAUCUCAUUUAUCAACCUUUUGUAGAUCUAGUUUGAGAAGGUACUCGGUAAUACCGGUAGUUUUGGGCAGUGUUCCUCUUGAUGUCUUCAGUGAUCGAAGAUGAUUCUUUCCCAUAACAAAUGAUCAAUUAGUUUUCCAGUAGUGUUUCAUCACCACUUGCAAGACAUUCCAUUUGGGUAUAAAAAGAAAAAGAUACGUUUUACUUCAUUCUGUCUUCAACAUUUAGGUAAAAACGUAUCUAAAGUUCAUCUAAAUCCGAUUUUAUUCUUUUAAUCCUUCAGAUGUGGUUUUGCCUCAGAAACAAGUCCUCGUCAUAUCAUUCGAAGUGUCAUUACGCACACAAUAAAUGGAGAGGUAUCUACUUAUACUAAUCUGUGUUGGAAGAUACUGUCUCCCAUUACAUGAUCAACAUUCUAUAAUUUCUUUGUAAAUCGAUUGAGAGAUUUGAAAGAAUUUGGUGUUGUAUGCAUGAAACAUCACCUAUUGGUAUAUUGCAGGAAGAUGUAUUAAUUAAUAAAUACUAGGAGUUGUUAAAGGGUCAGCUGGUAAAUAAAUGGUAGAAGACAUAGUGGCCCAACUGUUAGGGACUGGACUCUGGGUCCAGAGGUGCAGGUUUCAGAACCAGACUAAGUCAUUUUGUUGCAUGCUUGAGACACCCUACCCUCACAGUGCCACUCCCCACCUUGGAGUGGAUCAUUGGAUACCAGUGGAUUGUGAAAAAAAAACAAAAACUAAAAACAUGCAGGGGUGGGUGGAGGGAGACCUGGAAUAGACUGGUAUUUUAUCCUGGGAGAUAAUUAGGCAAGGGAUUAUUAGUUGACCCAGUACCAAAGUUUCUGAACCAACAUCAUAAGAAUUAUACAGAAGACAUUAAAGAGAAUUACUGAUAGAAUGUCAUGAGUGAAAGGGUUAAAAUGAAUGCCUUUCCAGUAAGUUUAAUGCCUAACUUCAGGGCGUGAAAUUGCGCCUAACACAGGCCCCAAUGCGACUAAAUUUUUCACUUUGGCAACCAAAUCCUGAAAAUUAGUUGCCAAAUUGGCGACUAGAAUGUUUUAUCAUAACCUUUCCAAGAGAUAGAGUGAAUUAAACUUCGUCGUUAAGUUUGUUUCCAAAACGCAGCACGUGCAUCCCUAACGAUAACUAGAUGCCAUCUUGGAUUUAGUUGAGCUUAAACGUUGUAUAUCAACCAUCCUAGUGUCCACUUCGUAGCUCCUUAAAGAUCUUUUCCCUAACUUAAUUUUUGAGGGUCAAUCUAGAACUCUGACAGCGUAAAAAAAAGGUUUUGUUUGUCUUUGAAAAUGGCGACCAACUUUUUUUGAAUUGGCUACUACUUUGAAGAAUUUAGGAGCCAAGUGGCUAUCAGAAAAAAAAAUUAAUUUCACGCCCUGAACUUGUGGUAUGGUAUCGAAUUUGCUCUUUUUUCCUCCUUUUGUUAAGACGGAAACUGUGAAUGUUGUCAGUCAUGAACAAGACAAAAGGCCAGAUGAAUUAUAUGCUAUCCUGAGAGACUUUCUUCAUCAAGUUUAUUUCAGGUAUGGUAAGGUUGUGUGUAAAACACACGUUAUAGAAACUGGUUUUCCUGUAGGAGUGAUUUUCCUAACAUUGAAAAAAAAAACUUGAUUUGUCUAUCAAAUGUACCUUUCCAUGAAUUAAAAAUUAGCUCUACACAGCUCAAGAUAAUUAUAGCACCCAAUGACAACCAACUGCAAAAAGUUUUGACAAAGAAGAAAGUCAGUGGUCUGUAUUGUGUUGUGAGGGAUGCAGAAAAUUUAAUAAUGCUGAUCAUAGUAUUAUUACUUCUAAGAGUAAGGGAAGGGACUUGCAAAAUAGUUUCCAGUUAAUAAGUCCUCUGUCUGAUCAUUGACAUUUUCAGGUACCUUCUUGUCAACCCACGAGACAGACGAGUUGUUAUUUGUGAGUCUGUGCUUUGCUCUACACUUUGGAGAAAUACCAUCGCCAAGGUCCUUUUCAAGCACUUUGAGGUGAUGCAUACAUAAAAAAAUUUUUUCUGAUUAAAAAUAAUUACAGGAAGCCCACAUUUCAAUAUAUGUAAGACUCAGCUGAACCAGAAAGUGUCAUCCUUAUUUAAUUUAAUAAUAAACAUUUGAAGUUAUUCUUCGAUAGCAUGCCAGUCAGACGGAUGGUUCAAUUAAGGCCUUGAGCUACUGUAUUCUUUUUCAUUCCCUGACAAGGCCAGAGGCUGCCAAAAGCUUGGGAACAAAAAGGAAUACAUUGACUUGAAGCCUCAAUCCAGUCCCCUCCAUUUAGUACUUAACAUUUCUCUUAACAAUUCCAAAUUAUUACGAUUUCAUCGCCAGGUGCCUUCAGUACUGUUUGCACCCCAUCACCUUUUAGCGCUCUUUACCCUCGGAAUACCAUCAGGACUAGUCUUGGACUGUGGCUUUACAGAGACCAUUGUUUUACCAAUAUCCUUUUCAGUAAAUGUAUCAUUGCAUAUGGGAUUACCAGUAACCCUUUACCCUUUAUACCCUAACAUCAGUAUAUAUAUUCUCCAUACUGUUUUCUAUACAUUUCCUAAGGUGCUGACAAGGAGAAUUUGUUAAUCAAAUCAAGAGAAUAUUUAGUUGGUGAUCAUUUCUGUAAUUUUUGUGACCUUACUGUUUGAUGCAGGGGUUAUACAGUUGGGAGAAAUAAGAUGCAAUACCCUCACAUCGAUAUAUAUAUAUAUAUUCUAUACUGCUCCUUUCCUAUGGUACUGACAAAGAGAAUUCUAAAUCUCAAGCUUCUCUGGUUCACAGCCAUUUUCUUCUAACCUCAAUGUUUGAUUCAGCAGCAAUGCUGUAAGGAGAAAUUAUAUCCUGGUUACUUUUAGGGAUUAAAGGUUCAAGGUAAAAAGAGGAUUGAAAAAUUGUUCAUCAUUAUUUUUUCUCUCUUUUUAGGUGACAGACUAGUAUUGGAUUUUAUUUUCAGAACAAUCUUGAAUAUGUUAUGCUAGACAAUAACCAGUGGUGCAUCAUCGUGUUAACAGUCUUGUCAUUUAGUGAAUGUAAUGAUUGAAUGACCUGAAUAGAUCCACUUAAAUUUAUUUGCAUUGGAUGUUAGACUACUUAUUACUUACUUGACUCAGUUGAUUCUGGUGUUACAUUUGUGAGGGGACGGCUAUUCUCAAAGCUGUAGAAACAAUCCCUCUUGGAUCAAGGGCCAUUCACAAGUGAGUAAAUGUUCAUUUGUAUUCCACAUGGUUUUCUGUGUGUAAUAGUAACUAAUGUUAUUAUUGAAGCUGGAUUGAAAAAAACACAACACUGUGAUCAAGUAGUCUUCAAACCUUGACCUUUUGAUAUGGAGCACGGUACGCUAAGUUUGAGUUUAUUGCACAUCCCAAAUCUCUUUUUUUGCCAAAUUUACAUAAAUCCAUGCAGUGAUGUUUUGCCCCUUUUGAUUACAGGCAUCUGGAGGAACAGCUGAUGGAGAGAAGUCUGGUACAAAUAGAAACUGGAAUAAAGCCUUUGUCAUCUGUUAUGAGUAAGCUUGAGACACUGCAGUUUGGUCACUCCUCUUGGCCUAAGUCUAAGAGUUUAUUCUAUAGCACACCAUUGGUUGAUGACUGUGUAGAAAGCCGUCAUUUGCCUGACUAAGGCCAACAGUUAAUAGAAGGACUGAGACGGCAAAAUCUACAAUUCUUUAUUGUGAGAGGACAACUUAAACAUUCGUUAUCAAGGCAGUCAGUUGAAGCUUGUGAAUUAGCUCAAACAUAAACUCUUUCAAUCUUUCAUUUGCAAAUUUUUUACUUGAAUAACAUGGAUUGAGCAUGUAAACCUAUCAUGAACAUUCACAUAUUUAUGAAUUAAAAUUGAUCAUACUAGCUUAAUGCAAAUGUACCUCUAUUUUCUCCAGGUUUUAUAAACUUAGUUAUUACAUAAAUCUAAAUUGGCUGCUGUAGAGAGUUUCUGAAUCUGAAAUUUCCAGCAUUAGCCCUUCGUUAUUGAUGCUGAGUUAGUAGUAAAGCUGAAAUACCAGGUUAACCCUUUAACCCUUUACUGUAACUCCCAAGAUCUGAUUGUCAAUUCCCUCCUCUGGCUGCCACAUAUUUCCUUGUAAAUAAGUUACAAGAAUUUGGUGUUAGAUUAAGAUAACAACUUCUACUUGAUAAGUUUGAGUAUUCUCACAACCUGUUUGCCAGAUAAUGUUUAGGUAUUACAGGGAGAAGUUACAUGUUAAUCACUCUUGGGAGUUAAAGGGUUAACUCCCAUGAGUGACCAUUAGACAUAAUUUCUCCUUAUAGUAUCAAAUGAAUAUAAUAUCAAGGAGACAAGUGAUGAGAAUAAAGAAAAAUUUCAAUUAGAGGAUAAUACAUUGUUCCAAUACCAAAUUCUCCAAACUAACAUCACAAGAAUUGUAUGGCGGACAGUAAGGAGAAUUACUAACGAGAUCUUGGGAGUUAAAGGGUUAAGAAACACUCUGCAGUGGCCAAUUAGCAUCAUCAACUCAUUUGAUAAAGCCAAAUCAAAUUAUCUUGUAAUAUUGACCCCACUAACACAGCAACACUGUUUCUUACCCCUUUCUUUAAAAAUGUAUCGAACAGAUGUCUUUUAGUGCCUCUAAAGCUGAGUAUGUUUUGUAUGUUUUCCCAGAUUCUCUUGGAACAGAAACCCUAGAGGACAUUAAAGGUAAGAUAAGCAAAUCUUCAUUUAAUAUGAUUGGUAUUCCUCUGUAUCAGGUAGUUUUCGUAAUUUUUAGCAGCAGUGAAAUAAGGUUAUAGUUUGUGGUGGAAUUGUUGUCUGUCGUUUGAGCAACUGGGGCUUGUGGACUUCAGAAUGAUCCUAAAUUCUGGGCUUGAACAUUGCAAGCAAUCCCUGCUUUACACUUUGAAAAGCAAGACUCUUUUCUCUCACAUUGCUUUUCCCCCCAGAAGUAUAUAUUCAGUUGAAGAAAUGGAAAAAUUUUCAGUAGCACCUUUAUGUUUGAGGAUAACAUAAGUCAUACCAGCAUCCCAUGGCUCACUAGCAAGGUUGCUAUGGAAACCAGGAUAUAUGAACCAGUCUCAUAUGUAGUCUUACCUGUAUAUACCCUGUAGAAUUACAGUUAAACUUUUUUUUAAUUAAUAAUAUUUUUCUGAGCAGACAAGGCCAUAACUGUCUCAUCAUUGUUUAUUAGUGCGUACUUGCUUUGUGGCACCAAAGUUCAGUGGACCAGAAGGAGAGCCACGCCCUGCCUCACAGGUGCCAAAGGUUGACUAUCCUCUUGAUGGAGGAAGGAUUAUCAGAAUUGAAGGUCAAAUCAGGUAAAAUCAUAAGAGAAAUAAAAUAACUGAAAAGGUCUCCAAACUUAAGGAAAAUUUUGGUAAAACAUUUUCCCUAAGGUAAAAAUUAAGAGGGAACUAUUUACACAAACACAAUCUUCAAACUUUUGAAAUCAGUGCCAGGAUUUUAAGUCACAGAUGCCAACAAAGCUUCCUAUCAGUACACAAAUUGAUAUAAUUUUUCAAACUAUCUCCAGUUUAUGUCAUCACCUUUCAAAGGCUUGUCAACAACUGAAAUGUUGUUACUGCAUUGCGAGCUAGGAAACAUUUAUGUAAAGGGAUGAUUUUGUUUCUUUUGCAGAGAACAGACUUUUGAUAUUUUGUUUGAUGGGGAUGAGGAAGGAAAAUCUAUUGCAACAUGUCUGUUGGAUUCAAUACUUAAGGUACACUGGAUACCAUAAUCAUUAUUUAAUUAUUAAUUGAUAUUUCAUUCUUUCCUUUUUUCUUUUAUUCACUCAUCAGUUUAUUUCAUUCAUUCUUAAUUUUAUUUGUUCUUAAUCCUUUUAUGAUUAUUAUUUCUUUCACUACCAUUUCAAUGAUUUAAAAUUGUCAACUUUUGUUCUGCAGUGCCCUAUUGACACAAGGAAGCAGUUAGCAGAGAAUAUAGUCCUUGUUGGUGGAACUGUAAUGACCCCAGGAUUCAAGUAAGCUAAGCUUCUCAGUGUAUUGUAACGAUUGUCUGUGUGGCACACUUCUCCACUCAAAAGUCUGAAAGAUUUUUUGUUAAUUAUGAAAUUAUGAGAUGUUGUGUUUCUUUUCUUUUCUUUUCUUUUUUUUUAACUCACUGCUUGUUAUAUAUUAAUUAUGUAUAUAUGCUCAUGGGUAAGACUUGAUUCUGGCAGUAACAUAUAAACUCUGCUUGCAAAUAUUGAAUUUUAAGGGGAUUAAAAAUCUGGUUUGAGUUUUAUUAUGAGCAUGAUUUGGACAAUCAUGUAUUUUGCACAUCUAUGUGAUAAUUUAAUAUUUUAAAUUCCAAAAUCAUGUUUCUUAUUGGCUGCAAUCAUUAAUCUUGCAACAUUUUGUGUAAAAUAUGCUCAUAUCAUGAGAGAGUUUAUCCUUUAAGAGUGACUAGCAUCUAAUCCCUCCCUACAAUGUCAUGCCUGAAUCACAUAUUUAGGUCACAAGAGUAAAGGAAAUGUUCAAUUAAGUCUAAUAGUAGCUCCUGAUUGUGAAACACAUUCUCCCUGUAAGCACCUUAGGAGAUGUAUUCUGAACAGUAUAGAGAACAUGCAUACAAAUGUUGGAGUGAAGCUGGGGUUAAAAAGUCCAUCAGAUUCUUUUGAAUGUAGGAUUUCAAAACUUUUUUCACUUUUGGCAAUUGGCUUGUAAUAAUAAUUAUGUUUAUUUUAACAUGUAGACAUCGUCUGUUGCAAGAAAUUUACUGUUUACUUCAAUCACCUCGAUACAAAGAGAACUUAUUUAUGAAAACAAUCAAAAUGCAUCAGAUACCUGUCACUGCCAACUGUACAUCAUGGCUUGGAGGUAGGCCUGUAUUCUGUUUUGUUUUGUUUUUUCUCUCUUUUUCACUCUCAUUAUUGACAUAAUUUUAUAAGUUUCCACUGUUUUUGGAAGAAGCAGUGACUUAUUGGUCAGAGCAGUGGAUACAAGGUAAAAUUAUAAAAUGCUUGGGGUGUAUCCUUUGCGAUGGAUGUACAUUCAUCUAGUCAGGAGUAGUGCUACUCCUCACCACUUCAUGGGAAGGAAACCACGAUAAGCUUGGGCUGAGUGGGCCCCUUGGCUUGUGUAUCUACUUUAUGAUACCUUAGGGUAAUUUAGUAUUAUCAACCCAGUUGACAAUGUAAAUUGGCCACUGUAAAGAGUUUAACCUUUUAACUCCCAUGAGUGACAAGACAGAAUUUCUCCUUACAAUACCAAUACAAUAUCAACCAGAUAAGUAAUGAGAAUAAAGAAAACUAUCAAUUUGGGGAUAAUUAUUUGAUCCAAAUCAAAAUUCUGUGAACUAACAUUAUAAGAAUUGUAUAGUUGACAGUAAGGAGAGUUACAAAUUGGAUCUGGGAGUUGAAGGGUUGAAACUCUUUACAGUGGCCAAUUUACAUUAUAACCCAAUUGAUAAUACUAAAUUUCUGUUAUACUCUCCCACCAACGUAGCACUACAGUUUCUUAAGAAACUUAUACCCUUUAUUCAUUCAUUUUUACUUACCUCAGUCAUUUGCACAGAGUCAUUCUCAGAAAUUUACAAUUGUGUCACAUAGUGGUAUUUAGUUCCUCUUGUUUCUUCCAAUUCUAAUUUGUUAUGGACAUGCUAGUUGACAAAGAGCCAGCUUGUGAAUGUGCCACUGUUAAAAACCAGUGAGGUUAGAAAGCCUGCAUCACAGAGUAGGUGGACAGAAAUGAUGAUUUGUAUUGAAUUUCUUCAUGUCUAGUUUGAACAUAGGUAUAGGCCAUGGAUCUAAGUAUGGAGUUUGUAUACAGUUUCUUUCUUCUUAUGUACUGUUCACAUCUUUUAACCUUAGACAUUUUCCAGUACACAGUAUUUGGAUCAAUAUCAGUAUCUGGGCAACUGCCCACCUACCCCUCCCCUAGCCCAACAUUAACCUUAACUUGUUGUCAAUUGACUGUUGUUGAGUUAGGGGAGGGGUAGGUGGGCAGUUGCCCAGAUACUGAUAUUGAUCCCAGUAUUUUUGUGAUGAAUACAACUCCUUUUGUUGAAUUCAAGCCAACACUCAGCAUUAUCAAGGCAUUUCUGUUUUCUCUUUUACUAUCACUUUAAGAGUAACACUGUUCUUCCAGGUGCGAUAUUUGGUGCUCUUGAAGUCCUGGCUGACCGUUCAGUAACUAAGGAACGAUACAAUCAAGAUAACAAGAUCCCAGAUUGGGCCUCCUGUGAAGAACAAACUGUUGACAAUGCUCCCAUUUUAGAGGAACGCCUUGAAAGACCAGUUCUGUCACGUCGUCAGACAAGUGGCAUCACCAGCACCCUUAGUAAUAUUAGCAGCUCCCUGUCAAGCCGACUUCUCAGUGGCAGCAGUAGAAGCCCCUUAGCAUCGAGUUUACUUCAAAGAGCAGGAGGAUCCCCUACUUCAGGGGCAUCAUCCAGCAUAAAAGAAAGUGACAAAGAAACUCAAAAAGAAGAAAAAAAGGGUUGAAUAUUUUGGCUGCAAUAAUUUAUUGUAUGGGCAUGUAACCUUUAGAAAUUUUUGACCCAUUUGUCUCUUAGUACAGUUAAAUUUCACCGUAUGCUGCCCUAUUAGCAACCUUCCCUUGGACCCAGAAGGGUCCAAGAGACAAGAGGGGGAGACAACUUUCUUUAACCUUCUAACUCUCAUCUCCAUCUGCUACACAUUUCAUUGUAAAUUGGUGAGGAGAAUUUGGUGUUCAUACAAGAUAACUUCUACAAGAUAUGUUUGAGUAUUCUCAGUACCUGUUUACUGGAUGAAGUGUGGAUUUUAUAUGGAGCAGUUGUAUGGUAAUCACUUUUGGGAGUUAAAAGGCUAAGGAUGGAUGUCAUGAACCAACACUUUUACUUAAAAAUUAGCAUGGUCUCAUGUUAAGCUCAAGGGAUCGUGAAUAUGCAGUUGACUUUUUAGAGUAUGCUCUGUUCGGUUUACUGCAGCUUUAAACAAAUCUGACCAGUGGACAGUUAAUAUUUUAAAAUUAAGUGUAGCUAAUACAGGUGGCUCUGGAGCCUUUUUCACUCACUGCACUUUUGUGUCAUGUGCCUAACAAAGACAAAUGGGUCCUGACUCAAAGUCAAAUGACUGCAUUUAACCACUACAGUUUGUUAUAUUAAUUUAUUACUGAAAUAACACCUAGUAGUUACCUUGAGCUAAUAUUAAACACAGAUUGGAACAUAUAAAUCAGAAUUCUUUGAUUUUCACUGAAUUUCAGAGGUUUCAAUAUGUUUUAAAGUGGGCAUCAGACUCUGCAAAGGUAGGUGUCUGAAAAGUUCAUUCAUUGCCAAAAGGUGAUUUUUUUAACUGGAUAAUUGGCAACAUCUUGUCAAGAAGCUGACAAAACUCUAGUGGUUGCUGGCUUGUUUUAAAACCCCUGGAAAUUGAACAACUUGGGUGGCUUUAAUAUUUCCAUGUUUUACAUGCAGUAUAUGGGGAAAAGUAUUAUAUGGGCAUAAGGAGCAGUGAAGCCCGAGGAAAACAGGCUAAUUUCCUGAGAGUUCUUAGGUGGUUCCUUAGUCAUAUUACCUCACCUAGCAGGCAACAAAAGUCAAUCUGAAAUUUUGGGGACAGAGGGAAAUCAAUGUAAAAGCCUUUUAUGAUACAGUUAGCUGUCCUUUAUGUCUUCUGGACAUCAAGCAGUCCUUAUGAUGUAGUAUUGUUUUUGAAAGGAAAUAAAGUAGGACUGGGCAUGGAAAGAGGAAUGUGUCAUUUGAGAGACAGUCACUUAGAAAAUAAAUAGAGUCAAACCUGUAUUAAGCUGUCACCCCUGGGGAAUGGUGCAGUAACCGCUCAAUGCAGGUUCCAUAAAAUAGGGGUAUUAUAAAGAAAUAAUGAAAAACAUCACUUCAUGUACAAAAACUUGCUCAAAAACAUUACCAAGUUUAACACUGAC